CCGACCAGGCGUCCGAUCGACCGACUAAUCAAGCGCUGCGAAUGCAAUUUUUUCGUGUGUUUUUUCUAAAUUGCACGCGACUGGCGCUUGCGGCCUCAAUUUCAAUCAGCGAUCGUAUCAGAUCGCUUUCAAUAGCCAUCUCAAAUGCCACACGGCGCAGUUAGUCUCAAGUCUCGGUCUUAACAAGUGUCACAAAAUUCUAAAAAAAAUAAAAAAAAAAAUCGGACGAUAAAUUCGUGAUUGAAAGCUGUCAAAAUGCAGUUCUUAAAUAUGAUCUGCCUCAAGCAAAAAGUUGCAAACUUCGCCAACAACAACAACAACAACAACAGCAACUACAUUAGCAACAACAACAACAACAACAAUUGUAUCAAAGUAACUGAAGAUUCAAACGGUGAAAAGAACCGUAUCUUUGACUGCUUUGGCAAGAGGGAACAAACGGAGCAGCAACAGCAGGAGUCGGCGGAUCAGCAGCAGCCGGCGGAAACAGAUUCACAUCAGCUGACACACAGCGCCAGUUCGGUCAGCUACAACGUGCAACAACAGCCCAGUGCCACAGCGAGCCAGAGUCAAGGCAACACUGAGUUUGGGCAACAGUCCGAGCAGAGGAGAGAGCAGAGACAGAAGCUAAUCAAGUCGGGCGUUGCUGUUAUAGCCAAGCAACCCAAGCGACAAGCGACACAGCGUUCACAGAGCCAGCCGGCGAUUCUGCAACAACCGCAACUCAGUCGCAGCAAGCGUCCCGGAACACCGCCCCCGCACGCCGUCAAGAGCAUGACUUCCAUACCUGCCACGCUGUCCAGCAACAAUGUUGCAGCAACAGCAGCUGCAACGGCUGCAGCUGGAUUGGGCGCCACGGCGCCAGAGAAACAGCCCUGGCCCAACUCCAAGGACGAUUACGAGCUGAGGGAUGUGAUUGGUGUGGGCGCCACGGCGGUGGUGCAUGGCGCCUACUGCAUACCGAAGAACGAGAAGUGCGCCAUCAAGCGCAUCAAUCUGGAGAAGUGGAACACCUCGAUGGACGAGCUGCUCAAGGAGAUCCAGGCGAUGUCCUCGUGCAAUCACGAGAACGUCGUCACCUAUCACACAUCGUUUGUGGUGCGCGAGGAGCUGUGGCUGGUGCUGCGCCUGCUCGAGGGUGGCUCCCUGCUGGACAUUAUCAAGCAUAAGAUGCGGACGUCCAACUGCAAGCAGGGCGUUUUCGAUGAGGCAACGAUUGCCACCGUGCUCAAGGAGGUACUCAAGGGCCUGGAGUACUUCCAUUCGAAUGGACAGAUCCAUCGGGACAUCAAGGCGGGCAACAUACUCAUCGGUGACGAUGGCACCAUACAAAUCGCUGACUUUGGUGUCAGCGCCUGGCUGGCCACCGGCCGGGAUCUGUCCCGGCAGAAGGUGCGGCACACCUUUGUGGGCACACCGUGCUGGAUGGCACCGGAGGUGAUGGAACAGGAUCAUGGCUAUGAUUUCAAGGCGGACAUCUGGUCGUUUGGCAUUACGGCCAUUGAGAUGGCCACGGGCACGGCGCCGUAUCACAAAUAUCCACCGAUGAAGGUCCUCAUGCUGACGCUUCAGAAUGAGCCGCCCACCUUGGAUACGGGCGCCGAGGACAAGGAUCAGUAUAAGGCCUAUGGCAAGACAUUCCGUAAGAUGAUCGUUGAGUGCCUGCAAAAGGAGCCAUCGAAGCGUCCGACUGCCAGCGAGCUGCUCAAGCAUGCCUUCUUCAAGAAGGCCAAGGAUCGUAAAUAUCUAACACAAACCCUGCUCCAGUCCGGCCCCAGCAUGGAGACACGCGUCCACAAGGCAGCCAAACGUCAGCCGGGCGCCUCGGGCCGAUUGCAUCGCACGGUCACCGGCGAAUGGGUGUGGUCCAGUGAGGAGGAGGACAAUGCCAGCGGCACUGGCGGACGCAAGAAUCCCUCAUCGGAUUCCGAGUCCGAGGAUCGUCCGAUCAAUCGACUCGAACGCGCCGACUCCUCGGACAGCGAUCGGGAUGAGACAACGCCCGAUAUAACACGCAGCCUAUCCUCGACUACAAUGACGCCAGGUGGCGCUGCACCUGCUCCCGCAUCCGCUUCUGCAACUGCUGCUGGUGCCGCCCAGGAGCUGGCCGCUGGUGUGGCCCAAAUGCCGCUGCCCAGCGAAGCGGCCGGCGAGGCGCCACCCGUGAAUCUGGUGUUGCGCAUGCGCAACCUGCGACGGGAACUGCACGAUAUCCGUUUCGAGUUUGCCGUCGGCAAGGAUACGGCAGAGGGUAUUGCCACGGAACUGGUGGAUGCGGGCCUGGUGGACGCCCUGGACACACAACCGAUGGCCGUGCAUCUGGAUCAGCUGAUUGCCCAAUCCGACACGAUGAAGACAAUAACGUUCCAGCUGAGUUCCGGCGUACAGCCGGGCGAGACGCCCGACGAACGCUCGCUUGUGGGCUAUGCGCAGAUAUCCAUAACGGACUAGGAUACGGUCACAUAUCCACCUUAAUGUCCUCCCCUACGGUCAUCUACCGUUAUGUUGCCUGCGCCGCUUUUAGCUAUAUAGACUAGAAACUAGACUAUAACUGUAAAUGCUAAUGCUAGUUAUAGAUCGGAGAGAAAAGAAAAGAAAAACGCAAGCCGUUCGUUUACUAUAGAAAUUAUAUAUGCCUAUACUAUCAUACUAGCUAUUUGUAUCUGUCUCUUUCGCUCUCACUAUCUCACUCACUCUCUAUCUAACUGUAUCCCUCUGUCUCCCUCACUAUCUCUAUCUCUUUCGCUCUGCGCAUUGUAAUUACUUCAUAGAACCCUCUUUUGCAGUCCUACCUCCCGAAAAAAAAAAAAUAAGAAAUACCUGCCGUAGUUAGUCGCAGCAUCCAAGCUAAAUCGAAAAUCGUGUACUUAUUCGUUAUUGUUUCUGCAUAUAUAGAAAACAGAUAUAUAUAUACUAUAUAUUACAAACCCUACAAAAUCAUAUAUGUAUAGAUAUAUAUCCAUAUAUAUAUAUAUAAUAUAUGUACAUUUGUAGCGGCUACUAUUUAAACCCGAUUUACGGGAAUCUUUUAAUUUAUUCUCUAGUUUAAGCUCAAGUUUUAUUUUUUUUUUCUUAUCCCUUUUGCCCCCAUUAAAUCUUAAAUAAUAUUGUUCGAUGAAGUACAGUUGUUUCGAUAACAGCUAAAUAAUUACCAAUUAGCGUUAGUAAUAUUUUGUCUGCUAAAGAUUGUAUUUAAUUGUUCAUGAAGUACAGUAAAACCUAUAUAUAUACACACAUAUAUAUACCAUAA